AUGCAUACCGUCUACGAAAGCGAAAACCUGCUGGAGUGCAGCAACUUCAUCCUGCGGAGCAAAGAAUCGAUUGAGGAUUUUUUGCAGCUAACUGACAUAAAAGAAGAAAAUGAAGACACCUACCUGAAUUACAACAUAGAAUGUGCUUUGAGUAAAAGUCUGGAGGAGGAAGGAGGAGGAAGAGGAGGAAGAGGAGGAAUGGGUAGGAAAGACACCUCCUUCCGAGGUAGGAGAGAAAUAAUAAAUAACGAAUCGGGCAUGGAAGGAGAAUUAAACAAAAAGUACAAGUACGGAGUGUCAGAUCCAAUUUCGCUUAAUUACCCCACGGAGGAAGAUUUAAAAAAAGGAAAUGACGUGGUAGAGUUGUUAAAAAGCUACAAUCUGUACGAAACGGAACAUGCAUUAAAGAAGAGGGAAAGGGUACUAGGAAUGAUUAACAAAUUAUUCCACGAAUUUGUUGUGGAAAUAUCAAUAAGUCAAGGGAUAAAUGAAGAAGACGCAAAACAUAUACACGGGAAUUUGUACACAUUUGGUUCCUACCGAUUAGGAGUUAUAACCCCUAAUAGUGACAUCGAUUGUAUUUUUUUAGCACCUCAAAAUAUAACGAGGGAAAUAUUUUUUAAUGAAUUUUACUUAAAAUUACAACAGGAUAAAAAUGUGCGCAAGUUGCAGGCUCUUCCGGAGACUUACACUCCCAUAAUUCAAUUCAUGUAUGAUGAUGUGGACAUCGACUUGCUGUUAGCAACCUUGCCAUACAGAACAUUAAAAGAUUGUUAUUACUCACUAGACAAUGAUUUUAUUUUAAAAAAUCUAGACGAAGUGACGGUAAGGUCGCUCAACGGUAUAAGAGUAGCUGACUUGAUAUUAGCCUCCGUGCCAAACAAGGACCAUUUUAGAAACACCCUACGGUACAUCAAACUAUGGGCAAAAAGCAGAGGAAUUUACAGCAACAUUUUAGGCUUCCUUGGAGGAAUUUCAUGGGCAUUACUGACAGCCAAAAUUUGCCAGCUUUAUCCUAAUUAUAAUGUUAGCCAAUUGAUAUGUAAAUUUUUUAGGGUCUAUUCUAUAUGGAAUUGGAAGUACCCUGUCCUUAUACAAAACAUAAACAAGUACAAUCAUGUAGAUGGGUUGAGAAACUUCUCUGUAUGGGAUCCCGAAAAAAACAUCAAAGAUAAGUUACACGUCAUGCCGAUCAUUACUCCUGCCUUCCCUUGUAUGAACUCAACCCACAAUGUGACUUACUGUACGAGGAGCAUCCUCAUAGAUGAGUUUAAAAGGGCUCACUACAUCAUCAACUAUAUGGAAAUGAAUCCAGGUGCAAAUGUCACCUUUGUUAUGAAUCAAGCCAACGGGGUCGUCACUCCGGUCAGCGCUCCUAGCAGUAGUACCACUACUAACACAAGCAGCAGCAUAUGGACCAACAUACUGCAGCCACUUGAUUUAUUCGCAACGUACAAACACUUCCUGCACAUCCAGAUAAUGGCCACCAACGAACUUAUAUACAAUUCCUGGAAGGGAUGGAUUGAAAGCAAAAUCAGACUGCUAUUCAAAAAAUUGGAAACCAUUAACGAACUCAGAAUAAGACCCCAUCCCAAGUUCUACGUUUACCAGAAGGACAAGUUUUACUACUGCUCCUCCUUCUUCAUAGCACUUGUGUUUUUUUUAAAAAAUGUCUACGACAAUACAUUCAAUUUGUCCUACGCCAUCCGCGAUUUUAUCGACAUAGUUCUUAAUUGGCCCCAAAAAAGCAAGUACCCCAAUUCGUACAAAAUUAAUAUAAGUUACCAGAAGAAGUCGCAAGUUUUGGAGUUCCUGGCCAGCGUCACGUCGGGCGGAGACGGCCAGCAGGGGAAGGAACUCGGUGGGGACGAGAAGCCGGCAGAUGAGAAUGGGUCACCCGAAGGGGACGAAGCGAUCAUCAGUGCGUAG